CAUUAAUGUUUGUUGAAUAAGGAAAAUAUAAUGUGAUUUUUAUGAAAGAAAUUUUAACACUUUUUUUAUUUGCUUAUAGAAAAAUUUACCAAACAAUUAAUUAUGGAAAAUAGUUAUUUUUAAUUGUAUAUGUUAAAUUAAUUAAAUGUAUUAAUUAUAUUAACUAAAAGUAACUAAUUAACUAAAAAUCAGUGUUGUUACUGAACAUACAUAUUAAAAGAUUUUAAUAAAGUUCCCAAUUUUUUUGCCAAUUACUAUUAAAAUCAUGAUGACAUUUAGAAAUUUUGUUACAAAGUUUUUAAUAAUUGUUUUCAUUACAUGUUCAUUGUGUUUCAAAGAGAAUUUUUCCUAUGAAAUUAAAUUAGUUAAUGUGGUAUUCAGGCAUGGAGAUCGAACACCGGAAUUUAUAUACCCAAAUUUUAUUGAUGUCGAUCAAAAUUAUUAUCCUGAGGGUUUGGCAGGUUUGACUAAUAAAGGCAAAUUACGAGCACACCAGUUUGGAGAGUUACUUCGGUUAAUGUAUAACGACUUUCUGGGAACCACUUAUAUUCCAGAAGAAAUUUAUACACGAAGCACUGAUUUCCUCAGGACAAGAAUGACUCUCCAACUUGUUCUAGCUGGAUUAUAUCCUCCAAAUUCACUACAAAAAUGGAAUAGUCAUUUGAAUUGGCAACCAAUUGUUACGGACUACGUUCCACAAGAACAAGACAUUCUUCUUAAUCGUGUAUAUAUCUGCAAAUCGGUUGAAGAGGAGCAUAAUAGAAUACUAAAUCAUCCCAAUGUGAUAAAAAGAAUAAAAAGCUACAAGAAUUUAACCAAAGAAUUGACGUCCUUGUCUGGAAUAAACAUAACAACACCUAGAGAUAUUUUCACACUUUACUGCGAUCUUUUAUCUUUAAAACACCUGGAACAUGAUUUACCCUCAUGGAUAGAUAAAUAUUUACAAAACAAACAAUUUUUAGAAGCAGGACUAAAAAGAUUAGAAUUUGUCAACUACAAUAAAAUUAUACAACGGUUAAAUUCAGGACCCUUAGUUCGAAAAAUUAUAGAAGACAUGAAAGUUACAAUCAGUGGUACAAUGGAAAAGAGACAAAAAAUAUUUUUAUACAGCAGUCACGAUAUAAAUGUAUACUCUUUGUUAGCUGCACUUAAUGUUGUGGUACCGCAUGUACCAGAAUUCACUAGUGCUGUAAUUAUAGAACUUCUUCAUAUGGAUAAGAAAUACUUUGUCAAAAUUUUACACUAUUUGGGAGAACCAUCUGAAGUACAAGAAUUGACUAUUCCAAACUGUACAUCACCUUGUUUGUUUGAAAAAUUUUUAGAGUUGACGAAAAAUAUUAUUCCAUCUGACGAGGAAAUUAAUUGCAUGUAGAUUUAUUAAUUAGAUAUUAAUUGUAUGUAUAAAUAAAAAUAACAAUUGUCAUUUUGUAA